AUGGCCACCAUUAAUGGGAACACUGAUGCUGCUCAACCCAUCGUUGCUCCUACAAAACACCCUCUUCCUCCUCCUAAGACCGUUGAUUCUAAAUCUGUUCUCAAAAGGUUGCAAUCUGAAUUGAUGUCUUUGAUGAUGAGUGGUGAAACUAGUAUAUCUGCUUUUCCUGAGGAGGACAACAUAUUCUUGUGGAAAGGAACUAUUAAAGGAAGCAAAGAUACAGUAUUUGAAAACACAGACUACAAACUAUCACUUUCUUUCCCAAAUGAUUAUCCUUUUAAGCCUCCUAAAGUUAAGUUUGAAACAAACUGUUUCCAUCCCAAUGUUGAUCUUCAUGGCAAUAUAUGUUUGGACAUUCUUCAGGACAAGUGGUCCUCAGCAUAUGAUGUAAGAACAAUUCUACUAUCCAUUCAAAGUCUUCUUGGAGAGCCAAACAUUAGUUCACCUCUAAAUCCACAAGCCGCACAGCUUUGGAGCAAUCAAGAAGAUUACAGAAAGAUGGUGGUCAAGUUAUACAAAUCGCGAAAUGCUACUGCUUAA